AUGGGCAGGAGCAAGCCAAUUGCCGACCGGGCUCUCGUGCCGCGGCUGCGUAAGUGGGUGGAGAUGCUCGGGACGCCCCGGCCGGCCUACCUCGACCCGGCUGCGGCGUCCGACUACCUCCAGGCCACCUUCCCUCGCGACUAUGCCCGGGUCCAACGCGGACCGCUUCGUGCUCUGGUCAUCCGGGGACUCGAUGUCGUUGCACGUGCGCUGGAUGAACCUGUUCCCAUGCCUACCGAUCCGCCCGCUCCCGAUCCGUCAUCGCCUCCGCCGGCUGCUACUCCGCCGCCAGUCACUGGCCUCAACGGCUCCAUGGCCUCGCUCUACCGUGCUGGCUCGGCUUCGGCACCGGCAUCGCCAGCUCCGUCCGCGGCUUCACUCGCAUCUGGGCCGGCAAGUGGCGAGUCCAACUUGUCUGCUCCGGCACAGCCGUCGCGUAAGCGUAAGCGUCGCAAGAAGAGCGCCGCGCCCGAGGACGAGGCCGGUGAGAGCGGCGAGAAGCGGGCCCGUGGUCUGCCUGGCGGUGCUGGCGAUGGCUCGCCGGCCUCGUUCUUGGUCGAGCCAUCGGCUACGUUUGCUGAUGUAGGCGGCCUCGAUUCGGCAGUGGUCGAGCUGAGGCUGGCAUUGGCGACGGCUAUCCGGCACCCAGAAGUGUACGCGGCGCUGGGAACCGGCCCGACCCGUGGCAUCCUGCUGCACGGCCCGCCGGGCUCGGGUAAGACGCUGCUGGCCAACUCGCUGGCGGCCGAGCUGGGCGUCCCGUUUCUGCGCAUUUCUGCGCCGGAGAUUGUGACCUCGUUCUCGGGUGACUCGGAGGCCAAGCUGCGGCAGUUGUUUGACGCGGCGGUGCUCAACGCGCCGUCGAUUGUGUUUAUGGACGAGAUCGACGCCAUCGCGCCUGCGCGGGCGUCUACAUCGCGUGACAUGGAGCGCCGGAUUGUGGCUCAGCUGCUGACGAGCAUGGAUGACCUUUCACUGGAGCGGACCGGCGGUAAGCCGGUUGUGGUCAUUGCAGCGACCAACCGGCCACACGCCAUCGAUCCGGCGCUGCGGCGCGGCGGCCGGUUCGAUCGCGAAAUCGCGCUUGGCAUCCCGACCGAGGCUGCACGGCUCUCCAUCAUCGGUGUCCUCACCCGCAAGCUCACCCUUGCACCGGACGUCGACUUUCCGGCGCUUGCGCGGCAGACGCCGGGCUACGUCGGCGCCGACCUGGCCACUCUCUGCAAGGAGGCGGCCUCCCUCGCCAUCAAUCGCGCCUUUGAAGAGCUGUUUCUCUCGGCGUCGGGAGGAGCGGCAGGUAACUUGAGUGGGGUGGCGCCGAUGGACACGGCCGCGCCGAUGGAGACCGAGGCGGCGCCGUCAAGCGAAGCCACAAGCUCGGGCGCCAAGACCGUUGUUGUGGUUGACACCAAGGCGCGUGCCCGCGAGGAGCGGAUGGCCAAGAACAAGGCGCUGGUUGAAGCACUUGAGGCCCGCGUCGAGCCGUUGAGCGAGGACGAGCUCUCGAGCCUCGCCAUCACCAUGACUGACUUUGAGGAGGCACUCAAGGUGGUCCAGCCGUCGGCGAAGCGCGAAGGCUUUGCCACGGUGCCCGACGUAUCGUGGGACGACGUUGGGGCGCUGGACAAUGUACGCGAGCAGCUCAACGAUGCCAUUGUCAACCCCAUCCGCUAUCCGCAGCUGCACGAGCAAAUGGGCCUCUCGCAUCCGGCCGGCGUCCUGCUCUACGGCCCGCCCGGAUGCGGCAAGACGCUGCUGGCAAAGGCCAUCGCGUCGUCAUCCAAUGCCUCGUUCAUUUCGAUCAAGGGCCCCGAGCUGCUCAACAAGUACGUGGGUGAAUCGGAGCGCGCAGUGCGGCAGGUCUUCCAGCGCGGUCGCGCUUCGGCGCCAUGUGUCAUCUUCUUUGACGAGCUCGACGCGCUCUGCCCGCGCCGCGAUGGCCAGUCGAACCAGUCGGGCCAGCGGCUGGUCAACCAGCUCUUGACCGAGAUGGACGGCACGUCGGCGCGCGGGCAAGUGUACAUCAUCGGCGCGACGAACCGGCCUGACAUCAUCGAUGCCGCCAUCAUGCGUCCGGGUCGCCUUGAGAAGCUCGUCUACGUCCCGCUUCCCGAGCCCAACGACCGCGUCGCCAUUCUCGAGACGCUGGCCCGCAAGACGCCGCUCGAGCCUGACGCCGUCGACUUGCGCGCCAUCGCCCUCGACUCGCGGUGCGAUGGAUUCUCCGGUGCAGACCUCGCCGCGCUUGUCCGCCAAGCCGCCACCUUUGCUCUUCGCGAGUGCUUCCAGCGCAUGGACGCCGCUGCCAAGUCCAAGCUCGAUCAGCCGAGCGACGCCCAUGAGGUCGUCCAGGUCGGCACCCGCCACUUUGAGGCUGCCUUUGAGCAUGUUCUCCCGUCAGUCUCAGAGGACGUCGCCUCCAUGUACGACACGAUGACGCUGCGGACGUCGCGUCCUAAGGCUCAGCCGCGGCAGUGA